CUAUAGAUCUGCAUCAGUCAAAGCCAAAACAGACGCCACAUGGACACAAACGGGUGCACGAUGAGCCAUCACCUCCCAGACGCUGUCACUCACUGUGAAUCAAUUGUCCCUCACUGAUUACUGGCAUAGGGUCCGCUGGGCUCGGCGUCCACCGUGUCACUCGAUGCUGAUCUAUCUGCCAAGCAAACACACGUACAACGUUGCUUCAUUGUGUUGCUUCACUGACUGUGCUUGAGCACAAGUGGAGGCUUACGUUGAUGCGUGAUGUGUUUUCAUUUUUGUAUGGCGCGGGAGACCAUUUUUCAGGCUCGCAGGGUGUGCUUGCAUUCUGCUUCUUCCCAUGACCCCUCCUUUCUCGCGAUGCAGACGAUGAGCAGUGAUAGCUCAUAAACGUAUCUAUGUCGUUAAAUGAGGAAAACAUGCAUUGGCUCAUUCAACCGGUUGGCUUCCUACCCGGCCAUGGCUCUCUCGUCAGCUCACGAGCAGUCGACGAGAUGUACAU